AAGCCACAGUCUCAGAGGAAGGAUGAGGGUUUCACUUGAACUGGGCAAAGUGCAGGUUUCCUAUCACAGACGUCUCACGAUGGACGAAGCAUCUCUUCUGCGUUUGCUCUCUCUGAUCUCGCUGCUGAGCUGCACGACACAACAAGCCUCUCUGACUGCGACUCCCAGCAGCUCUCAGUUCUUUAAAGGCGACUCCGUGUCUCUGAGCUGUGGCGAGGACGACGGCUGGAGGCCGACGAGGAACACGACCAAACGACAGAGGACUCGGUGUGGACUCGACUGGGGAAGAUCAACUGGUUCCUCUUGUAAAAUCAGUCUGAUCGCCACGUGGGAGAGUGGAACUUACUGGUGUGAGUCCGGAGAGGGAGAAACCAGUAACAGCAUCAACAUCACUGUCACUGGUGGAGCAGUGAUCCUGCAGAGUCCUGUCCUCCCUGUGAUGGAGGGACAUGAUGUCACUCUGCACUGUAAAACAAAGACCCCUCCCUCCAACCUCCCAGCUGCUUUCUAUAAAGAUGGCUCCCUCAUCACAGAGACUACAGGUCACAUGACCAUCCACCAUGUUGACAAGUCUGAUGAAGGCCUCUACAGCUGUGACAUCAGAGGUCAUGGAGAGUCUCCGCCCAGCUGGAUCACUGUCACAGGAAAACCUGUAACCUCAGCUCCUCCCACCUCAGCCCCGCCCUCUUCCUCAGCUCCGCCCCCUUCCUCAGUCCCCCUCCAGGUUGUUUUCAGAGUGCUCUACCACCUGGUGAUGUUCUGUCCGUACUUCAUCUCCACUGUCAUUAUGGUGUCUUUAUAUCGACAGAGACACACAGGACAACACCCACGUGUCUCCAUGGCAACUGCACCACCCACCCAGGCUGAGCAGAGAUUGGCCGAGGACCGUGAUGACAUCGUGACCACUGAGCAUCACUUCUGAGCUGAAUAGAGUUUAGUGUCAUCAAUGCAUUUAUAAUAUAAAAUCAUUUUUUCUUUC